AGAGCAGAGUGUGUUCUUGCUUCCGCGGUAGCUUCCGCCGGUUGCGGGAGAGUAACUGCUGUGGCUGCAUCAUGGCGUCCGUGGGGACCCUCGCCUUCGAUGAAUAUGGCCGCCCUUUCCUCAUCAUCAAGGAUCAGGACCGCAAGUCUCGUCUUAUGGGACUUGAGGCCCUCAAGUCUCAUAUAAUGGCAGCAAAGGCUGUAGCAAAUACAAUGAGAACAUCACUUGGACCAAAUGGGCUCGAUAAGAUGAUGGUGGAUAAGGAUGGCGACGUGACCGUAACUAAUGACGGUGCCACCAUCUUAAGCAUGAUGGAUGUCGAUCAUCAGAUCGCCAAGCUGAUGGUCGAACUGUCCAAAUCACAGGAUGAUGAAAUUGGAGAUGGAACCACAGGAGUGGUUGUCCUGGCUGGUGCCCUGUUGGAAGAGGCCGAGCAGCUGCUGGACCGCGGCAUUCACCCCAUCAGGAUCGCCGAUGGCUACGAGCAGGCCGCCCGCAUCGCUAUCGAGUACCUGGACAGGAUCAGCGACAGUGUCCUCGUCGACAUGAAGGACACCGAGCCCCUGAUCCAGACCGCGAAGACCACGCUGGGCUCCAAAGUGGUUAACAGCUGUCACCGACAAAUGGCCGAGAUUGCCGUGAACGCCGUCCUCACUGUGGCCGACAUGCAGCGCAGAGACGUUGACUUCGAGCUCAUCAAAGUAGAAGGCAAAGUGGGCGGGAGGCUGGAGGACACCAAGCUGAUCAAGGGCGUGAUCGUGGACAAGGAUUUCAGUCACCCGCAGAUGCCCAAACAAGUGGAAGAUGCUAAGAUUGCCAUCCUCACGUGUCCAUUUGAACCGCCGAAACCAAAGACGAAGCAUAAGCUGGAUGUGACGUCUGUAGACGAUUUUAAAGCCCUUCAGAAAUAUGAAAAGGAGAAGUUUGAGGAGAUGAUUCGGCAGAUUAAAGAAACUGGCGCUAACCUAGCCAUUUGCCAGUGGGGCUUUGACGACGAAGCAAAUCAUUUACUCCUUCAGAAUAACCUGCCUGCGGUUCGUUGGGUCGGAGGCCCUGAAAUCGAGCUGAUCGCCAUCGCCACGGGCGGCCGCAUCGUCCCGAGGUUCUCAGAGCUCACGGCCGAGAAGCUGGGCUUUGCGGGUCUUGUGAAGGAGAUUUCAUUCGGGACCACCAAAGACAAGAUGCUGGUCAUCGAGCAGUGCAAGAACUCCAGAGCCGUCACCAUUUUCAUCAGAGGAGGAAAUAAGAUGAUCAUCGAGGAAGCCAAACGAUCCCUUCACGAUGCUCUGUGUGUCAUCCGGAACCUCAUCCGUGACAACCGCGUGGUGUACGGCGGAGGCGCUGCCGAAGUAGCCUGUGCUCUGGCCGUCAGCCAGGAGGCCGACAAGUGCCCGACCUUGGAGCAGUACGCCAUGCGAGCCUUCGCCGACGCCCUGGAGGUCAUCCCCAUGGCCCUCGCCGAAAACAGCGGCAUGAAUCCCAUCCAGACUAUGACCGAAGUCCGAGCCAAACAAGUGAAGGAGAUGAACCCUGCCCUCGGGAUUGACUGCAUGCACAGGGGGACAAACGAUAUGAAGCAACAACACGUCAUAGAAACCUUGAUUGGCAAAAAGCAACAGAUCUCUCUUGCAACACAGAUGGUUAGAAUGAUUUUGAAGAUUGAUGACAUCCGUAAGCCUGGAGAAUCUGAAGAAUAAAAAAAGAAUUUAGAAUAAAAUGUAGAAGUAAGAUCCACUACCAUGAUUAAAUAAAUGUGUGUCUUGUGAUGCAUCUACAGUUAUUUAUUACUAUGUCCUUUAUUAGACACUGUAGGUGCUAUAACAACAGUAGCUGUUUGGUAGCAAUAGUUUCACUUGUUCAGAGACAUGAAACUGUAGAGAUGUGAUCUCACAGGGUUUUGUAUUUGUUAUUAAAGGGAACUCUUUAAACAGCCUUUAUGUUCUGCUCUUCACAUUAAGAAACGUUCACUGUAACAUCCAUCAAAUGCCUUAAUUGAAGGGGUUUGAGUUGAUUUUUUUUUCUUUUUUUUUCUUUUUUUUGUAAUAAGCUGUAGGACCUGUAUUUAACAGCUUUAGAUGUUCAGUUUGUUCUCAAGGUUUAUUUUAACAUUGCGGAAUUAUGGGCUUGGUCCUAUUAUUUAAAUGCUGCAUCUGUGUAAAUGGGUGGAUCUUUGACUGUAGAGACCCAUCAGAGGAGAGUAUCCACCAAACGAUUGUGGGAUGUCUUAACGUGCUUUUAGGUUACACCGACGUGUGCUAGGGCGUUAUUAUCGUGCUACUGAGACCGCGUCAACAGCAUAACCUUCACGUAGUCCCCUUGGCGUUAUCCUGCCCUGGCUCCACCCUAAGCACAGGCCAGCAUGUGUACAGAGAAGGCCAGAGUGCGCACAGUCUCCUGUACCGCCUGCAGGUGCUUAGACGGGCGAUUCAGAACCCUGUUGGGGUUUUCUUAUCAGAGGAACAGAACGAGUGGAGGUUAGAGUGAAAUGUGGAAAAAUGGGUUAAGUGGGAGGGAAUACCUUGCAAUGACCAUGUAUGAGUAGAUUGGUAUUGAAUUAAUUCUGCUUACUGAAAUAAUACUGGCUAACAGUGACAUAGCCCUUACCAUAGGCCAAGCUGUGUUCUGAGAACUUUAUCUGUUCUCACCGCCUUGGAAAGGAGACAGGUUUCUUGUUGUUCACAUCUUACAGGUGAGUUUUGAUCAUCUGCCAGCCUCUUCUGGCCAGUACGUGGUAGAGCCUAGUCAAACCCUGGCAAUCUAACUCAAGAGUUCCCCUCUCCCCUGUGCUGUUUUGCCCCCAUUGGCUUGUGUUUGGUUCUCUAAAAGGAUGUUUCUUAGAGAAUCAUGAUAAUAAAGUUCACUCUUGUGCCACCAGGGGGAGAGGAUUUGGACCAGUCAGGUUCCAUAGGAUCAGGAAACGAUUCAGGGUUCCUUCUCAUGGGGACCUGGGUGCUGACCAGUCCUAACUAUUGGGUUGUUGUGUUUUCUCUACGUUAAUGCAUUGGUGGUUUCGCUAGGAAACGUAGUAGUAAGAGCCAAUAUCAUUCAUCCUAACGAACAUACAACCUGGUACAUAUUUCAUCAUGAAAUGGAUUGUGAAGUGGCACUAUUAUCACUUACACUACUACUUUCUGGGUGCAGCGUCAGAAUGCGUCAAGUUUGGGAUCAAGUCAGACUUAGACCCACUUAGAUAAAUAUCUUGACCUAGUAGUUCAGAUGAGUUGAUUUACAAGGGUGGAUUCUAGCCUAUAAAGAACAUACAGCAACUUACUUUGGACCAGUCUUACAUGAAGGGGUUUGUGGUUGAAUGAAAAGAGCUACUAAACCACUCCUCCGAAAAGUGGACCUCACAGAUGUUUCUGCUGGUUUCGGUCGAGAGAAACUAUGUGGCUUAUGAACAAACUCGUAGACAUGUUGUUUCACAAGCUUUUGAUGUUUUCCGGUAAAAGCGCCUCUUCGGGGUACCAUGUUACCUUUUAUCUUCCAGUUCCAAAUGGCUUGUCGAGUUUAUAUCCCUUGUAUUGUAGCCGACCCCGUGUGUAUCAGGAGCAGUGAAGGCACUUGACCCUGAAGCCGGAUUCCCACGCAGGGCCCAACAUUGUCCUGUUGGUUCCCAAUUGCUGCACUUGCGGCUUUAUUCAGUGUUUUUGUUUGUUUGUUUUUUCGUUUGCUUUUUUUUUUUUUUUGGCUGCACCGCUAUCUUAGUUCCCGGCCAGGGAUCGAGCCCAGGCGCCAGCAGUGAAGGCACCAAGUCCUAGCACUGGGCCACCAGGGAGUUCCCUAUUCCAUGUUUGUUAGGUGGCCUGGUCUUUAAUUAUCAACAACCACUCAAAAAUACAAAUGCUUCUGCAGGGGCUGAGAGGCUAGUGGGUUGUAUGUGACCAAAUGUCUUCAAUCCUUUCUUUCUCUGUUCCUGGUGAAACAGCCCCACUGAAGGGGGGGGAAUGGGAGUAACGAAGUAACAAAUAAUUGAACUACUACUAGGCGUGGAGAAGUGUUUCUGCAUUUCAGGUGCUUCUUGGGGGUAGCUGGGCAGACGGGGGUCAUCUGAAGCGCCAGGAAAGAGGGCACCAAAGACAGGUGGCUCCUUGGGGAGCGUUGAAGGCCAGGGAGGGGGGAACGCAGUGGCAGCAGCGAGGGCACCUUCAACGUGCUGGGUCGAGUGCUGCUGUAACAUCUUACGUAGGUGAUAACAGCGGUUUUCAAGGGGCCGUGAGGUCAACAGUAGUUUCUCACUAAGAGCUGAUUUGCCUUUUUCACCGUGUUGACAGUUGCACUGAUGGUGCAAAAGCAGUGACGGGUAAAACUCAUGUGAGCAGGGAUCAGGUGGUGGUGCUGGAAGCUGUAUCCCUCACCACCACCCGCCUAGGAAGCCGCUCGCACUGACGGGUGACCUCGAAGCAGUGCCGGCCACGGAGUCAUUAGACUUCGGCCCCUGAGUACACGGCGUCUCGGUGUUCUCGACACAGCAAGUGUGUGAAGCACCUCACGUACCAGGCAUGGCGGCCGCCUCAGCUGGACUGGCCCCUCCCCGUGGGCACCGUCUUUACUUAAACGUGACUGACAGUCGGUUACUCACACGUGUGCGUGACGGAUGGCUGCUCAGAAAUGAACUGUGGCCCUGUCGCUUCAGUGGAACUCCUACAACAAAAGUACCAUAGUCUGGGUGCCUUAGACAACACAGCUCUGGAGGCUGGCAGUCCAAGAUCAAGGUGCCGACGGGGCAGUGUCUGGUGAGAGCGCGUGUAGGCGGCAGCCCCCUGCUCUCUGUGUCCUCAGCGGCUCCGGGAGGGUCUCUGGGGUCUCCCUCUUUCUCUCCCUCCCCCCCCCCCACCCCCCACCAGCAACGACUGGUGGUAUUUGUGUGUGGCUCAGUAAGCUAGUAUUUUCCAACCUUCAGUAUAUUAUGGUCUCGUUCUUGGGUAGGUGGACCAACGUUAACAGAAUGAAAAGUUGAUUGAAACUACCACUUGUUCUGUUUCGGAAGAGACUAAAACAGAAUAUGCACUGUUUUCCAACUACUGAACAUAUUGAUGUGCCCAGACUCUACAUUGCACUGAAUUGAAUGUGCUGUUAGAAGCAGAUGUGAGAACCCACUGUCCUCUGUUAAGAGAGACAUUGAGGAGAUUUGCAGUAGUGGAAAACAAUGCCACUCUUCUUUUUUUGUUUUGGAAAAUACAAAAAGUGUACAUUAACGUUGUGUGUUCAUUAUUAUUUUAAAAUAAAUAUUUGCCUUAA